AUGGUCGAAACAAUCAAAAUCGAAACAAUAACAAUACCAAUAACAACAACAACAACAACAACAACCAUACUCAUUCUCCUCAUCCUACCUCUUCUUCCUCUUCCUCUGCCUAUUCUUCUGCUUAUUCUUCUCCUUCGUCACCUUCUUCUCCAUCUCCUUCCCGUCGCCCCGCUCGUUGUCACCAGACUGGCAGGGUGAGCCCGCUCACUCUGGCAGCCUGGCAUGUUCGUUCUCUUUUAGACAAUCCGAAGAGCAACUGACCGGAACGGAGGACGGCGCUAGUGGCACGAGAACUGGCGCGCUACAAGGUGGACAUCGCCGCACUCAGCGAGACCCGUUUCUCCGAACAAGGCCAACUGGAGGAGGUGGGUGUCGGCUACACCUUCUUCUGGAGCGGUCGACCCAGGGCAGAGCGACGGGACGCGGGUGUCGCCUUCGCCAUUCGGAACGACAUCGUGGGACGACUGCCCUGUUUGCCGCAGGGCAUCAACGAUCGCCUGAUGAGCCUCUGCCUGCCUCUCUGGGGAGGCAAAUUCGCCACCAUCAUCAGCGCCUACGCUCCGACGAUGACCAACCCCGACGCCGUCAGGGACAAAUUCUAUGAGGACCUGCACGCCCUCUUGGCGACUGUGUCGAAGGCGGACAAGUUGGUUGUCCUCGGUGACUUCAGCGUCCGCGUCGGCACAGACCAUACUGCCUGGAAAGGAGUGCUGGGUCCCCACGGUCUCCGCGGCUCAAACGACAAUGGUCUACUGCUUCUCCGCACCUGUGCAGAACACCGCCUCAUCCUGACGAACACCUUCUUCUGUCUGCCGCAGCGAGAGAAGGCCACCUGGAGGUAUCCACGGUCGCUCCAGUGGCACCUGCUGGACUAUGUCCUCGUCCGGAGGCGAGAUCUGCGGGACGUGCUGGUGACGAAGGCGAUCGCGGGUGCUGACGGGUGGACCGAUCAUCGCCUCGUCAUCUCGAAGAUGCGUAUUCGCCUACAGCCUCGUAGGAGACCACAAGGUAAGCGACCCCCAGGUAAGCUGAUUGCUGCCUUGUUAUCUUUGCCCGCUCAUCAUCUUCAUUUCAGCAAUGAGCUAGCUCAAAGGCUAGACAACCUUCCUAUCGCUGCCGCCGACGACGCCGCCAUCAGAAAUCUGCUAGCUGAGAAAAACCGCCUAUACAAAGUCUACGCAGAUCACCCCACUGAUGCCACCAAAGCUGCCUUCUACCGCAGUCGCCGCCAACUUCAGCCAUGA